CCCCUUCCACUUGAAACACCCAACCAAAAAGGAAUACAGAUUACCCAAACAAACUAUGGAGAUCCCCAUCCUAUCAUUUUCAUCCAAGACGACGCCGUACUGGGGUUCCUGUUGCGUUUCUUCCUCUUCUUCCUUCUCCUCUAACUCAAAUUUGAGGUUGCUUUGUGAGUUUGGGUCGAGGAAGAGGAGAAUGUCCAUACGCUGCGCAAAGGCGUCCGUGGAAACGACUGGUGAAGCUACGAUUAAAGAAAGCGAGAGCUUUACCGGAAGUCCCAUGGGAGUUACCACACUGGAUCAAAGCUUUGCUGAAGAUUUUCCUGUUUGGGAUAAAAUCGGUGCUGUUGUUAGACUCAGCUAUGGAAUCGGGAUAUAUGGAGCAAUGGCUUUAGCUGGGAGGUUUAUAUGCUCGAUUACUGGAGUCGACUCCAUGGGAGGUUUUCACCCUUCAUUAGAUGCCAUUCUUGAAGGACUUGGUUAUGCAGUUCCUCCAAUCAUGGCCCUUCUUUUCAUAUUAGACGAUGAAGUGGUGAAACUUUCUCCUCAUGCUCGUGCGAUAAGAGAUGUGGAGGAUGAGGAAUUAAGGAGCUUCUUUUAUGGAAUGUCACCUUGGCAGUUCAUACUUAUAGUUGCUGCAAGCUCAGUUGGAGAGGAGCUUUUCUACAGGGCUGCUGUUCAGGGAGCAUUGGCUGAUAUAUUCUUGAGAGGCACUGAUUUGGUUUCGGAUGCUCGAGGAAUGGCAUCUUUGACAGGUGUGCUACCACCCUUUGUUCCAUUUGCUCAGGCAUUUGCAGCAGUAAUAACAGCUGCUCUUACAGGUUCUCUAUACUAUGUGGCCGCUUCUCCGAAAGACCCUACUUAUGUUGUUGCACCAGUUCAACGAUCCGGUUCUGGUCGUGAAGAUCUGAAAAAGCUAUUCGCAGCCUGGUAUGAGAGGAGACAAAUGAAAAAGAUCUACUCUCCCCUUUUGGAAGGAAUAUUAGCCCUUUACCUUGGAUUCGAAUGGAUUGAGACAAACAACAUUCUUGCACCUAUUAUCACACAUGGUAUAUACUCCGCCACUAUACUCGGACAUGGUCUUUGGAAGAUACACGACCACCGAAGACGGUUGCGCCAGCGGAUUCAACAGCUCAAGUCUGAAGGAAAUAAUUCAAACUAACUGUGAAGGAGCUGUUGAUGAAUGGAGGAAUUUUGUAUAUUUAGUCUACAAAAAAGUAAAAAUAUUAUGGAUUUUAUGUACAAUCAAUUUGUAUGCUAACAGUUGUGCUGAAGGAAAUCAGUGCACCCCUAAUGUAUCAAACAAAUUAAAUGUAUUUACACAAUAAUACCAGUUUUUC